AUGGGGCGUCGAUAUUUGGGCGGCUCCGGCGAACGGUUGACUAUUUGGAUAUCCAUCGCUGCCUCUACGGUCCUUAUCUUCUAUGGCUACGAUCAAGGCGUCUUCGGCAAUGUGCUCGUCAACGAAGACUUCCUGCGCACCGUCGGGUAUCCGUCAACUACCGCGCAGGGUACUCUGACUUCAAUUUACAACAUAGGGUGUUUUGUUGGAGCCUUGUCGACUUUAUACACCGGUGAUAAACUUGGUCGUCCGAGAACUCUUAUGCUCGGCAGCACUACCAUCGCCCUGGGUGCAAUCGUGCAGGCGGCGUGUAUGAACGUGGGCAUGCAGUAUGCUGGCCGAAUCAUUGCAGGACUGGGCACAGGCAUGAACACCGCAACGGCGGGUGUCUGGCAAUCGGAGACGUCGAAAAUGCGCAGCCGUGGAAAGCUGAUCAUCAUCCAGAUGGCUAAUUGUAUAACGGGCUUUGCCUUGUCUAACUGGCUCACCCUCGGCUUCAGCUUCGUCAAGAACUCGAGUUCGUGGCGAUUCCCACUGGCGUUUCAGAUGUUCUUCUCGCUUCUCAUCUGCCUGAUGUGCCCGUUCCUGCCAGACUCGCCUCGUCUACUCAUCAGAAAAGGCAAGUAUGAUGACGCUCUCGAGGUCUUGGCUGCACUUCAAGGCCACGGCGCCACUGUCAACUCUCCCGAAGUCCGAACCCAGUUUGCCAUCAUCAAAGAAGUGCUGGACAAGGAAUAUGCCGUCAGCUACUCGUGGUGGCAGAUCAUCAGUGGCAAAGGUCCCGCAGGUGUCUUGCGCCGCAUGAUUCUUGGUGCAUGGAUGCAGGCCAGCAAUCAGAUCAGUGGGAUCAAUGUUACGUCCUACUAUAUGACCUAUGUGUUCAUCAACGCCAUUGGGUUUAGCGAGCUCACCGCACGAAUCCUGGCAGCUGCCGGCAGCAUGGACUACCUGUUCUUCUCAUUCAUGGCAUACUUUGUCAUUGAACGGUUCGGACGCCGUAAGGUCAUGAUGACAUCGGCCACAGCCUGCUCCAUCUGCUGGUGUGUGAUUGCAAUCAGCCUGGGUCUGUCUGAAACCGGCCGAGCGGACUCGUACAAGGCUGGUGCCGUUGCCGUCUCGUUCUUCUUCGUGUUUUUCGCGUCAUUCGCCAUGGGCGUGCUCGGGGUCCCAUGGCUUUAUCCCACAGAAGUCAACGCGCUGGCUUUUCGAGCAAAAGGAGCGGCAGGAGCCAUGUCAACCAAUUGGAUUAUGAAUUACAUGGUUGCACAGAUAACGCCGCCGGGCAUCGAAAACCUCGGCUACCAGUUCUGGAUCAUCUGGGCGGUCAUCUGCGCGGCAUUUGUCCCAAUCACCUAUGUGUUUUACCCCGAGACCGCCAACAGAUCGCUCGAAGAUAUCGACCGCUUCUUCGCCGACAAUCACAAUAUCUUUGUCUUCAACAACAAGGUUGCAACGCAGCUCCGAAGGCCAUCUAUCUACGAGGAGGCGGAUCGGCAGAUCGCAGCCCAGAAUGAGAAGAUUGGCGACGCUGAGCAAAAGGGAGCGGAAACGACCCUUGUCGAGGAGGACACGAGGCAGAGGCCUUAG